AUGCAAGAUAAGGAUCUAUCACAAAUUCUCCAGAGUGCACGUCGGCUUAAACAUGACGAAAUUAUGGAUUUCCACGACCUUCGUGACGAGGUGUUUCGAGAAGUUAUGAAUCCAGAACAGACGUGUGGCCUCACAAUUCUUACUGGACCAACAGGCGCAGGCAAAACAACCAUCAUCAGCCAGCUUAGCUUGGACUACUGUAAAAGUGGUGUACCCACGCUCUGGGGAUCUUUUGAAAUAUUGAACAAACGGCUAGCCAAGAAAAUGCUGUAUCAACUUGCAGGGAAAGAUAUAAGCAAGGCACCUCGAGAAUUUGAUGUGUGGGCAGAUAAAUUUGAACAGCUUCCAUUGUACUUUCUAAGAUUCUUUAGUAGCACUGCUAUUAGGGACGUGCUGAAAGCAUGUAGACAUGCCGUCUACGCAUACGAUAUUCGACAUAUCAUUUUGGACAACCUUCAAUUCAUGUUAUCACAACAAGGCCGGUCAAAUCUUGAUCGUUGGGAACUACAAGACGAUGCUGUGGCGGAACUGCGCAGGUUUGCAACAGAACAAGAUGUACAUAUUACACUAGUCGUGCACCCGCGAAAAGACGCAAACGACGCAUUAGACAUAAACUCCGUCUUUGGCAGUGCCAAAGUAACCCAGGAAGCAGACAAUGUGAUCAUUAUUCAGAAAGAUGAUGAGCCACGUCGCUACCUUGAUAUCAAGAAAAAUAGGCAAGUAUUUGAUGGAACUCUUGGAACUGUACCAUAUACGUAUGAUGCAGACUCGCUCAAGGUAAAGCAAUGA